CCUUUUCUUUUCUCGUUUUUCUUUCUAAUAUCAUCUCUUGAUUAUCUUUUCUUCUUCAUAUACCAUUCCCAUUCCCAACUCUUGUAUUCGAAUGAUUCAGAGCGCCAAUGGCUGGUUCCAAUAGCGACGAUGACAAGAAGAACACAAUAAACAACACUGAAAAGUCAACCAAUAGUUCCAUACCCACCUUUACAGAAGAAUUACAGUUAUUUGACUUUAAAGAUGAAGCUAUUGAUACUGCUUUAAGAAAACUUCUCGCCAAAGUACAUUUACCCAAAGAAGCACAACAAAUAGAUAGAGCCAUGGAAGACUUUGCUAAACAUUAUCACCAAUGUAAUCCCUUAUUGACUAAUAGUCCAGAUCCUAUCUAUGCUGUGGCCUUUUCUAUACUUCUCUUACACACCGAUGCUCAUAAUAAGAAUGUGAAACGAAAGAUGAAUAAGGAUACAUUUAUUAUGCGAACCAAAUAUAUUGAAGGUGGUGAAACUGUCUAUAGUGAAGUAUUAGAUAUCAUGUAUGAUAAUAUUGUAUGUUCCGAAUUUACCUAUGUACACGAACAACAAGACAAAUCAUCAUCUUGGUUCUCCAAGAAAUCUUCUCAGCCCAACAAUGCGUUAGUACACGACCUUUAUUCAAAGUUGGAACAACUGAUGCCAGCAAAUAAUACAUUUAAAUAUAAGUCUACACCAAAAUCAAUCAUCGAUAUCUCCAAUAUUCAUGCCAGUAUUGAACAAGCACAAUCAUUACAAUUAGCCGGUGUUCGUAGUCGACAUUCACAGUCAGAUGGAAAUGAAACAUAUAUGGCACGAGUAUGCAAGGCAGGGGUUAUUGAACGGAAAUAUGAUCUUGCUCAUGGUGGAAAACGUGCUCCAGCUCGCGGUUGGCGUCCUUUUGGUAUGAUACUUAGCGGCAACCAAAUCAUGUUCUUUGGUGAUUUGACCACAUUCCAAUCUUGGCUUGACAGAACUCAAGACGAACAACAAAUCCGUCAAUUACAGCAACAACAACAACAACAAUAUGGUAACCUUCAAUCACCAACCUCUUCAAAACAUCCUAUUCAACAUCAAUCAUCCUAUUCGUCUACCGUCAGCACUCCUACUACAGUUAACUCAUUGUCAACUAUUAGCUCAUCUCAAUCCAGUGUAUCAAAUAUACCUAUUAUACCAUCCUCUACAACAUCUUUAGCUAGUCCGCGAUCUUCCACAUCUGUUAUCAGUACUUCAACUUCAUCUUCCACUUUGCACUUACGCCCAGUACAGAUUGUUUCACUUUUGGAUGCUGUUUGCUUAUAUGAUGAAGCUUAUCAGAAAUACCCACAUGUAUUUAGAUUGAUUGCAGGAGACGGUCAACAAUUCUUGAUUCGAGGUGAAAGUGCUGAAGAUAUUGACGAUUGGAUUCAAAAAAUCAACUAUGCAUCAGCUAUGAAAACCACAGGUGUACGAUUACGACCCAAAACAACAACAACAACAACGACAACACAGUUACCCAAUACACACUAUCAUCGUCAUUAUCAUCAUCUGGACGGCCACUCUUUUCAACAUUGGGCAAAAAGAGAAGCAAAAGCGAAACAACGAGUGAUAUCUUUAUCUGAACAACUAGUGGAACAGAAUCGACAAUUAGCAAAGGACGAACAACUGCGAAAUCAAAUGAUGGUACUGACACCAAUGCAAAAGACAACCAAAGAUCGAAUGAUACUUUUUGGAGACACCAUUGGAAAACGACUAUUGCAACAACGCAUUACGAUACAGAAAUUGGAAUGUUAUCGUGAAUAUAUUGAACGGGAACUUUUUCUUUAUCAAUCUUUCAAAGACCAGACAAUUGGAUUUAAUGAUGGAAGUAGCAACAGCAACAAUAUUGGCCGCAAAUUAAGUAAUGGCAAGAAUACAAUAGCAAGAAAACUCUCAGCUCCUUUACCUUUUUAUUCUGGAUUAUUACAAGUACGAUCAGCUACAGCACCACCUAUGCAAAACGUAUCUACUUCUGGCCCUCUUUUACGACCUCCUCUUCUUGGAUUGUCCAUGACAUCUACAACUACGCAAGGGAAUGAUGAUAAGACAACAGAUAUACGCAUUCCACAUCGUUCCUCCAGUUUAUUGGUAUCAUUAUCAGGUGUCGAUACUACUUCAUCAGCAACAGAAACGACAACAGGAAGAAACAAUGAGGAUUCUCAACCAAUAUCUCAGGUAGAAUCAACAACGAAGGAACAACGAUUAUCUAACUUACCACCAAUAUUGACUGAUCAACAAGAACCAUUCUUCACUUCUGAUGAAAUGCCAAUAUCAUCCAUCAGUAACGAUGAUGCCAUUUAUCAUUCAAGAUUAUCAGAAAUGGAUCGAAUUUCACGCCAACGUAGCCAAAGUAAUCCAGUAUCACCUGUGCAAGGUAUUGGAAAAGAAGAAGAAAGUGAUAGUGAAGUGUAUCUGUCUUCAUUGCAAGUACCUAGGAACAAAAAGAAUCGGGAUCGUAGUAUGUCCGAAGUGACAACAGAUGAUGAAGAUUUUAGUCUAGUGGCUAUUCAUGGGGAUCAAGAUAGUUUAGUCAAUCAUGUAGAUCGUGUAGUUGAUGAUAUCUAGUUUUUAAUGUCUUUUUUUUUUUAUUAUUUUUUUCAUUUUGUAUAAUUAAACCUCCGUGCAUUGAUUUUUUACAAUGUGACAGCAUUUU